AAAAAAAAUAAGCGCUGCUUAAGAUAGUCUUUAGUAAUAGAUUGUUUGAAGACAUGAUGGGCGGUAGGACGAGUGCGAUAGCGGCCGGUGUCGGUGCGGCGCUUUUGGUUGGUUACUGUAUCUAUUUCGACAGGAAACGAAGGAGCGACCCAAACUUCAAGAGCAAGCUGAGAGAACGAAGGAAGAAGCAGAAAGCAGCACAGGAGAAAGCAGGACUGUCACGGCUACCGGAUCUGAAGGAUGCCGAAGCGGUUCAGAAGUUCUUCCUGGAAGAGAUUCAGCUGGGAGAAGAGCUGCUGGCGCAGGGAGACUAUGAGAAAGGAGUGGACCACCUGACCAAUGCCAUAGCAGUGUGUGGUCAGCCUCAGCAGCUGCUCCAGGUGUUGCAGCAGACUCUGCCUCCACCCGUCUUCCAGAUGCUCCUCACCAAACUGCCCACCAUCAGCCAGCGCAUCGUCAGUGCACAGAGCUUGAGCGAUGACGACAUUGAAUAAGACGAGGUCCUUUUGAACACGUGACCCUCCCUGAGUGCAACCCUCUCCCAGCCGUUUCACUCCUCCAUGUUUAAAUUACUGUUUCUUUCUAUUCAUUGUGCAAAAUAACCACCGAACAAUCCAAUAGAAAAGUUUCCUAAAAGGCAGUAAGAGCCUGUAAAUUAUACCACCAAGAUGUCUAGAAAUGUCUUUCAGUGUUUUGGUAACUAUUUUAUCAGAAAGUGAUUUCGAUGUUUGUGCUGUCCACACACACACACACACAGGAGUUAUUGUUUUUGAAUGUUGUAUAAACGGAUAA